AUGUCCGGCAUCACUGGAGCGGCAUACCCGCCGACGCUCUCGGCCACAGAGACGGAGCACCUCGUCAAAACCAUCAAGGACUGGUCAUCAGGCCACGGCCUUGUAGUCCGACCACCACCAACCGUUAUUGCGGCAGAGGCCGAUCCCAGGACCGUCGCUGCGGUUCCCGCGCCAGUUACGCUGUUCCCCAGUCCUUUUCCCAGACAAUGUUUCGCCCAGGCCCUUGGUGUCCAGACCACCUAUAACGAGCUCUACGCCGCUGUGAGCCGAAACGAAGAAUUCAUCGAGGACACGGUCAAGCAGGUCAUUGAAGGAGAUGAGUUUAUCAAAAACUUGUGGGCCAUUCACCAAAAGGUCAAGGCCGAAGGCUACACACAGUCACUGUCCUUGGGUAUAUUCCGUUCCGACUACAUGGUGCAUCAGGACACUACAGUGAGCUCGCCUACAUUCCAGGCCAAACAAGUUGAGUUCAACACGAUUGCCGCUUCGUUCGGCGGUCUCUCAUACUAUACAUCCCGUCUACACAAGUACCUCUCCACGAGAGAGUACCCUCUCUUGAGCAAUGCCAUUCCCACCGACAUGAUGGAGCUUCCUGGCAACGACAGCAUCCCCGGUCUGGCCGCCGGCAUCGAAACAGCCUUCCACGCAUACCCUGCCUCUGAGCUAGGCCACGCCAACUGCAUACUCUUCCUCGUCCAGGACGGCGAGCGCAACGUCUUUGACCAGCGCCACCUCGAGUACCGCCUGGCCGAGACCGUGCCCCAAGUGCCACUCUUCCGCCUCAACGUCUCCGCCAUCAAGACGCAGACGUCCCUCGCCGACACGCCCCGGCGCCAGCUCCUGUACCGCCCACCGCAGUGCCCCGGAAGGACGUACGAGGUGGCCGUCGUCUACCUGCGCGGCAUGUACGACCCCAGCGACUACCCGGACCAGGACGCGUGGGACGCGCGCUACCACAUCGAGCGGUCCUCGGCCAUCAAGUGCCCAACGGUGCUGACGCAGCUCGCCGGCACGAAAAAGGUCCAGCAAGUCCUAGCCACGCCGCAGCCAGCAUCGGAGCCGUCCGUCCUGGGCCGGUUCGUAAAGGCGGCGGCCGCCGAGCAGGUCGCCGAGCUGUCCAAGACGUUUACCAACAUAUACCCCAUGGACACGUCGCCCGCGGGCCUCGAGGCGCGCAAGAAGGCGCUCGACCCGACGCUGGCCGAGGCGUACGUGCUGAAGCCGCAGCGCGAGGGCGGCGGCAACAACAUCUACAGAGGCGCCAUCCCGGCGUACCUCAAGUCGAUACCCGAGGCGCACUGGAGCUCGUACAUUCUGAUGGAGCUCAUCACGCCGCCGCCCGUGUCGAACCUGAUCCUGCGCAACGGCAGCGUGGAGCAGGGUGGCGUCAUCUGCGAGCUGGGCAUCUACGGCACCUGCCUGUGGGACCAAAAGACGGAUGAGAUAUAUCACAAUGAACUGGCGGGGUAUCUGCUGCGCACCAAGGGCGACAAGAGCGAAGAGGGCGGCGUGGCGGCGGGUUUUGGCUGCAUGGACAGCUGUUGUCUUGUCUAA